ACUUCCAUCUUAACUACAUAGUCAAAUAGCUCUUCCUCUUUCUUGAAACGCUUUCACGGUAAUACACGAGGCACAAGCUGCUGUUACUAUUUUAUAAAGCAUUUUCAAGUUAAUCCAUUAAACACGUGGUAUUAAACAUGGACAAACCAGUCGUAUUAGCCCGUGUAAUUAAAGUAUUGGGUCGUACUGGUUCACAAGGACAGUGUACGCAAGUAAAAGUUGAGUUCCUGGGUGAACAAAAUAGACAAAUCAUCAGAAAUGUAAAAGGGCCGGUACGUGAGGGCGAUCUCCUAACCUUGCUGGAAUCUGAGAGAGAAGCAAGAAGACUACGAUAAAGCAUUCUAUCUUUAUACUAUAUUAAAAAGAUUACCAAAUAUGAAAUCACAUCAUUCCAAUACUCCUUUUGAAGUGGAUUAUUAAUCUUACUGUCACUGGAAAAAAUCUAAUUGUAAUUACCACUGGAAAGAAAUAGAUCAACAAGAUGGAUCAAUCUAACUUUAUGUUCAACUACAUUCAUACUAUGAAUUCUGUAAUAAAUCUUAUCUGGUAAUCAUCACAAUAUAAA